GGGGUUGUGAGGUGCCACAGAAUGACCUUGGAAGGUUAGAUGGUGUGGCAGAGCAGGUCAGCAGUUGCAGCGCUGCUCCUCCAGCCUCUGGGAGGACUGCCCCUGUCGUGCUCUGUCUCUUUGCUUUGACCUGCCUGGAGCACGUGGCUAUUGAUCUGCUAGUCCUCGAAAAGAAGAGAAGCGCUUGGAUUGGUUGUGUUUCGUCCUUCAAAGCUCAUCCUAUUACAGUAUCGUGCAAGGGAAGCAGACCUUGUAAGAUGCGCAUAUGCGGUGCUGGUUUUAUUAUGCUUUUACUUCAUACAUACAUGUAGACAUCUGCAUAGAUUUCAUCCAUUGGAGAGCCAAAUAUCUGCUUCCUCACACCCUGUGGGUGAGGUGAGGGAGGACCCAACCUGCAAUCUGUAGCAGAACUCUAAGAAGAUAACUUCUGUUGACGAGCCGCCAAAGCUUCGCUUUUCCUUCCUUGGCCAUAUGGAUCUCCUAUCAGCAGCAGCACCAAGGAGCUCCCUCAGAUAGGCCUGCCCUUACCAGAACCAAUUAUGUUACGUUUCUCAUCUUUGGAUCAGCCCCACAGCCCGUAUUUCUCACAAUAAUGCCCGAUUUUCCUCUCUCUUCCCCAGAGAGGAAGAGAAAGCAAGGAGGAAGGUGCUUUCCUAAAGCACCUAUGGUAACUAUUGCUGGAGGCUGUGCAGGAGAGCCCUUCAGGUGCUCGUGCUUCCCAGCUGCUCUUCUGCUGGACUGUGGCCAUGUUAGCAUCACACCCUUGUGAGGAUUAGGGUUGUGAGAGCCCGUGCAGGGGUCCUGACCUGAACACCCCUCCUUCCCUGCUUGUUGUUCAUUGCUUGCUGCUGCAAUACAUACAAGUUCAGGAGUUCUGUUUAGUAUGGGGGUACAUCAGGUGUGAGACAGGGUGCUGAGAAGCAGGCAGGGAAGAGAAUGAGGUGUGCAUCUCUGCACAGGGAGGAGGGAUCUGUGAUGGUGUAAAUGUGAGGGGAGCAGAGCUGGUUGGAGCAUGUGGCAAACCAUGGAAAUGGGAGAAGUGGAACCUGUGCGUAACAAUAUAGUAAGAGCCAAGUGCCCUGCUCUUUGAGAGUGCUCAUGUCUGCUCAUUGUCAGGGAGCAGUCACCAUCACAUUAUCCAAAGUGUGUUUGUGUUAGAAGAGCAAGAGUUCAGUUAAAACCUGAGAAGUGGUUUGCCGUGCCUUGGUCUGGAGACUGUUCAGAAUAAAAAAACUUCCUGUCACAACUUCUCAUCUGAAAAUGACUUUUGAAAACCUGUCUGGUGGUGUAAGACUGAAGUCACACGUGUGUCUGUAGCUUGCAAAGUUGGCUCAUACUGUGUCUCGACAGCCACCCUGGUGUUUUUAAGCUGGUGGUAGUUGGAGUGUUUUAGUGAAACCUGUGCUCCAGUGUUGUGUCCUCACCUCUGUUAUACCUCUUAUUUUUGGUUUACUCAAGUAUGCUUCUGUAGAGUACAUGACUGAUAUGUAACGGAUUUAUGGAUACUUUACCUAAUAAAAUCAGAGUUUUAUUUCUUUGUCCUAGUAAAUAACUUCUUUCAUAUAAAAUGUUUAAUUUUAUAGUCCUCUAUCCCCAUGAUCUUCUAAUUUAGUCACUGCUGAAAUGGUAGUGAGGGGUUCUUUUUAGACUAAUUAGAAGUCAGCAUUUGGGCACGGAUUUCAGAUGGUGUUGGAGAAUGGUCACGGUAAUAGCCAGUGGCUGAGUCGUACGGCUUAUACACUGAGUUGUCCUGCUGUCCUUAGUUUCUGGAAAAAGGCAGCUUGCUAAGAUGUUGACCGUAGUACCGCACACUCAAAGGAUGUAUUUACAAUCUCUUGAAAAUCUCCAAAGGAUUGCACUGCCGUUGGCCGUGCUUACAGUUUCUCUGCCUGCCAGCUUUGAGGAACAGGGAAUUAGUGCUGUUUGCCUCCUGGCUGCAGGAAACGUUUCUGAGGGUAGGAGACUGGAUUGUUUAGGGAAGCUUCUUGCAGUGCAAAUGGUCCUCUGUGGGAACAAGAAGACUUCUAUGAAAGUCAAGAAACCUAAUUUUUACUAUUAUUGCUAUUCUUAGUUUCUUUUUUUCUUUCUUUCUUCUUUUUUUUUGAAUCUGUUAUGUAUUUGUUGUUUCCAGUUUCUUGUACAAUAAACCCAAUUAAGAACAGUGGUGUUAGACAAUAUAAGGAAAUGUCAAUAUAGCAGACACGUAGAUUGAUUUCAGUCAUUGGAGUUGUAUUCAUUUAUAACAAAAAAUGUUAUAAAAAAGUAAUGGUUUGUCUGACUUUUUGGAAAAGAGAACUUCUAUGUCAUCCAGACAACACAUCCAUACAGCUGAAAUGUUUUGAAGCGAGUAAAUCAUCAUGCACUGUUCCCAAGGUGAAACCGCAGAGUUGGUACAAAGCAGUGUUGGGUCAGUUUGUAGCACAUGCAGUUGUACUGAGACAAAGAAAGAACUGACAUUCUGUCUAUAGGGGAUCUGGCUGUGCUAUUAGACAAGAUAAAAACAAGAAGUAGUCUAAAUGUUCUUGUUAGAAAUUCACCAUUUUUUCCCCCUUUUGAUCCUCCUUCGGUCCUGCAAACCAGCUUGCAGGACUUUUUCAGAACGUGGUAAACAUUUUCUCUUCUUUUGGUUUCAGUCUUAUGUUUCUAAUAGUACUGAACCAGCAUGCUUCGAGCUGUCUUCCAUCUGUGGUGGCAGCGUUUCUCAGAUGGACAAUGCCAGUGUUGUAUUGUGCUUAAGAGAAUAGUAUACACUCAGGAUAUAUUGUUUUUGCAACUGGUGAAAGGCUGGGAAUCUCAAGGAAUAUAAAAAAUGACUACAGAGAGGUUUUUGUGAAAAUCCUUCUGUCUGUAACUCAGUCCACCACGCUUACAGGUCUUGUAUGAAAUAGGCAAACUCUCUGCUUCCGUUCUGCAAUUAAGGCUGUCUGCCCAUCACGAAAGGGGCUAAGAACUUGUCCUGGAUCAGGAGGCAGGUAAAACCCACCCUGCUUUCUGAAUACUCUCUCUAAACUCUAUUAGAUGAAUCCAUAAGGUUAGAUAUGGGAUUUGACCUUUUCAGAAAAGGAGAACAGCCCACGUGGUCUUUUCUUCACUCUUUUACAACUGAGUGGUCUUCAUCACUUAGGUAAAGCAGUAAGUAACUGGAAAGUCACUGAAGAUACCAGGACCAGAUUCCAUUUCUAGGGACUGAUGAAGCUAUUAUUCAUGAGGACAUUCUGAAUGUGGACUUGAAGCCAGCUGUAGGUUCCAGGAGAAGAAUUAAUCCAUUAGUUUUCUCCAGCUGUUGCAUUACAAGACUGUAAACUCAGUGCAGCACAUGCCAUGGAGGCCCUUUUUCAUGUGACCAUUACAUUAAAGAGUAGCUUUCUUUGCUAUCGUUGCAAAAGAUAGCAAAGGGCAAUGAGGCUGGUAAAGGUUCUGGUGCACGAGUCUUAUGAGGUGUGGCUGAGGGAACUGGAUUUGUUUAGACUGCAAAAGAGGAGGCUCAGGGGAGACCUUAUCGCUCUCUGCAGUGACCUGGUUGUAGCAAGGUGAGGGUUGGCCUCUUCUCCCAGUUAACUAGUGUUAGGGCAAGAGGUAAUAGCCUUAAGUUUUGCCAGGGGAUGUUCAGGUUGGAUAUUAGGAAAAAAUUCUCCUCAGAAAGAGUGGUGAGGUACUGGAACAGGCUGCCCAUGGAGGUGGUGGAAUCGCUGCUCCUGGAGACGUUCAAGAAAUGUGUAGGUGUAGCACCUGGGGACGUGAGUUAGUGGGCAUGGUGGUGGCAGACUGAUGGUUGGACUAGAUGAUCUUAGAGGUCUUUUCCAACCUUAAUGAUUCUUUGAUUGUAAGUCCUGUACAGCUUACCUUUGCUUUGUCACCUCGGCCAUCAGGAGCAAAAGAGAUGUAGUUUCUCUCAAACUAAUAUAGCUAAUGGCCUAGGUCAUUCUCAGCUUCCUGAUUCCUUCAGUUUUGGCAGCCUAGUUUUUUAUUCUGGAUUAUGCAUUUUCCUCUUCAUUUCACUAACAUAAAGGCAGGGUAGGGCCGAGCACUGUGGUUGUACUCGUUCAGCCAAGGCAGUUCUAGUUUCAGGGCCCAUUCUGCUUCAUUAAUGUGGAUACCUGUGCUGUUAACAAUGGAUUACAAACCUCUACUCCAAAGCUUUGAGUCUGCAUGUUUACCAGAACUUCUGUUUUUGACACGUAACAGCCAAGAUGUUGGUUGGCUUUUUGGGCUAGGAGCACUCCAUCCCUUUGGUACUGAGGGUCAUUCUUGUUGGCCAGUGAUAAGACUCCAUCAGACACAUAUAUAAGUAUCCAAAUAGCAUGUAUUCUCUUGGACAUCUUAGAAAAGUGGGUCCUCCUUCCCUUUUGAAGUGUUUUUUAUUUAUUUGAUUUUUGUUUUGAAGGUGAGGAAUAGGACUCUUAGGUCAGAAAUGGAAGUUCAGAGCAGGUUUUUCUUUUGCUCUGAUUUAGAGUGAUUUGUGAUUCACAAAAACUAACUUUACCUUGCUGGAGUUAAUGCCCUGGGAGUCCUGAGAGCGCAGUGAGGGGUAAGAAAGAGAUCCCUUUAAAGUGAAGCUCAGAGCAUGCUCCAUCUGUCCAUUUAGUCAUGGGCCUGUACUGUUUGUUGCUAAUGGAUUUGGCAUUCCUCCUAUCUUCAGACUUCUUUCUCAUUGUCGCUCAGUUGCAGGUUCUGUUACCUUUUAUUCUGAAUCCUUUCAUAUUACCACUGAAUCAAGCAAGUUGCGCUUCUAGUCAAGGUUGUCCUUUGCUUUAUUUCUAAUUCUAUAUCUGUGUAAAAGUUCUUUUAAGAACUUUUUUUUUUUUUUAAAAAAAAAAAGAAUUUAAAAUUUUAACUCACUGUUUCAGGUUAUGGUUCUUUUUCCUGUAAUAGUUAUUCCUCCAGUCUGCAGAAUGUAAGUUAUUCUGAAUCAUCAGCUAUAUGGAUUGAGAUCCCUCAUUUGCUAUCCUGUAAUAUAUCCUACUCCUAAUCGUUAGUAAGUAAGCAAUUGGAGGAAAAAAUCUCCUGCUUUUGUCAUGCUGAUUCUGUGUACUCACAGUGUGCUCAACCUGAACCAAAUCUCUUUUUACUAGCCUCUUUUCUGCUGUUUGUUGUUAGUUUAAUAUCCUCCUCACUGAUCCAGCUAUAGAGAUUAACCUUUUGCCAUCUUGCCAGAUGCAUGUUAGACUGCUGUGCUGGAAUGCGUUUGCUCAGUGCUCAGCAAGUUUUUAAUGUUUAGCUUCUCUCUGAUCAUAUAGGCAGAAGUUUUUCUUCAGUGUUUUUUUGUCUUUGCUAAUUUACAUGAGCUGAAAGGAUCUGUAAGCAUAACACCAGGAUUUUUCCCCCUUCCACGGCUGCCAAAAUCUUCUGUAAUCUGCACCUUCUUGUGGAGAUAAGUAUUUUUUUAUCACACCACUUAAAAAUGUCUGCCCCAAGCAUGGAUUUGCUAUAAGGAAUCAGCAGGCCCUUGCUUUUCUCAUGCACUGUGCUGAGUUGUUGCCGAUGACUUUUUGCAUUCUCAGCAUGCUUAAAGAGUCUGAAUUGAUGGCUGCUUGUUGCGUGUGGUUGGAGAAGUUAGCUUUGUCCUCUUUGGCUUUCCCUGAGACCCUCCCAGGCACAUGUCUUUUCCCACCUGGUUUGCUGGAGCUGAGAGUUAGUAUCACCAAGUCACGGCUGACUAAGUGGUAUCUUUUCACUUCCAUCAUUUUUACACUCUGUUUUCAUUGCUGAGCCAGGCUUGCGUCAUCAGUUUUGCAAGUUUGUGACCUUGCCCCCAAACUUAGCAACUCUGAACUUUCCUCCAGUUGAAAACAGAUCUUCAGUCAGAUAACUUGGUACAGCGUAUCUAGUACUCAGUAGUUAUUUUGCCUUAGUUCAUCAACUAAUGAGGGCUGCAUGUGAGAUAGGAAGAAUGCUCUUUCUCUGUACUCUAUAGAGCUCCUAAUCUGACAAGGUAGGCUUCAUCUAUGAGCAGUGUGCCCAUUCUGUCCCUUGGCAAACAGAGAGCUAGUCCUAGGAAGUGCAUUGAACUCAUCUUGUAUUCAGGCAUCACAAAGCAUGGGUACAGGACAGCUGAGAGAAAGGGGAACUCGGAAGUAAUUGAUGAACAGGAGGUGAGAAUUUCCCUCAGACUUUGACUGGGAGCUGCAGCUUUUUGGAAGCUGCAAGAGACUUAAAGUUGGGAAUUUACCACUUGGGCUGUGAAAUGCUCUCUUUGUUUAAAUAUGCUUGUGGCUAAUUAAACAAAAAUAAAGGCACAUAAACCAAAACUGUAUCACCUUCUUUCAGUGAAGCAUAACACCCACCACUUUGUCCACUGAAGCAUCCUUUUCUGAAGGUCUUGGAGCUGUUAUGAUGGAGGAUUAAUUGUAGAGCGAGGGAGGCUGGUAGGAAGGGCUGUAAGGAUUUGUGAAAAGAAAGAAUUUAUUUUUUGUGAAGAAUUAGGCACGUUUCUACUGCUUCACUAGUCUUUGUUAUGUGAAAUGAUCGGUAGUAGCUUGUCACAGCCAAGGAAAACCAGAAUCAUUUUCUGAAUACCAUUCAUGUGCAAUUUCUGGUUAGGGAAUAUGUUUUUACUCAAGAAGGGAUUUCUGCAUGUUUCAGAACAAAGAGUUGCAGGAAUGUUUUGCUUAGAAUCAUCCUAAAAUAAGAGUAUGUUGUAAUUUAAAGUCGAUCAAAGCUAUUUUGAGGUGUUAAGAGUAAAAUUACUGGCUGUUAGCACAAAGUGGAAAAAACACAGGUUUUUUUUUUUUUUUUUUUUUAAAUAGUAAUUGAAUAAGAAGCUAGAAUCUGUGAAGGAGUUCAGCUUAGAUGCUGAUAUCACAAAUAAGGAGCCAGUUACAAGUUUAUGAGCAAUUCUGUAGUGGCAGCAUGUCAGGUCUGAGUCAUGGUUUUUCAUUGACUUAAUCUCCUUCUGAACUUUUAAGCUGAUGAUUGAUUGUUAAACCAGUGGCUUAGGCCGCCCUUCUUUUCUGCUAUUUUUCUUCAUGAAAAAGCUUAGUUACUCAUUUUUGUUUAACCUGAGGCACUUGUGGUUUAUCUGCUCAUUAUCUGUAAUUAAAGGUGGUGUGACACCCUCUGCAUACAACGGCAACCAAUAACCAUUUCAGUGUAGACUUUUUUUCAGUCUUGGUGCAAUAUGUAAAUGGUUCACUUGAAUGAUUCAUCUCAGAAAAUGCAAUAAUUCCACAUUUUACUGAAAUUCAACUUCGUGAUCGCAAUUUCUGGAGUCACUACAUCUUCAUUUCCUUGAGCCUUUCUGACAUGUUUUGUAUGGAUGAGUUCUGGGGUAGCUGUGAAAAUUCAGCACUUAGUGUUGCAGAGUCUCUUGAUGAUUGUCCUACUCCACUGACUGUGGAACCAGGUGAGGUCAUCUUUUGAACAAGUUGCAGGUGUGGCUGUGUAUUGCAGUCUGGCUAAGGAGAUGCGUGUUUUCAGUUUCCAAGAGGUCAUAGGUAGAUCACUUCCUUGCCAUGACUGCUAAGAGUUAUGAUACUGCUAUUGCCUUUUGGAUUAGUGGUUGAGUGAUUGCUCCCAAUCACAGCAAGCUAAUACAGAGAAGGACAUCACCCUCUAGCUUUGUGCAUCUGAUCAGUAAGGCAUGUGUAAGCUAGUUUUUGGGAUUUAUCUCAAACCAUGAUGAAUUUGGUACGUGGAAGGUCUUCUGCAAAGUGGGCUUUGGUGAUCAUCUUGCUGUUUGGUGGGAGGAAGUUUCUCAUUUUCUUUUCCAUAAUAAUUCAGGACAUCCUGGCUGGGUCAAACUGGUGGCUGUGUCUGAACCAGUACUGGGGCUGGCCAGUGCAGUCUUUUUAUUGGGAUAAAGUGUGUGGCAGCGUGCAAACUGGGAAUUGGCUGUUGGAAAUUUCCCCCUCCUUUUUUUUUUUUUUUUUUUUUUUUUGCCAUUUUCUUUGAUUUCUGUACAGCAUCAGUGAAACAGGAAAAGCUUUUUGAUGAGUUUAUCUUUGAAAGGUGGUGGAGGUUUGCAUGAAGCAGCCUAAUCUUUCCCCUUUGUGCUGUGGGUUAUGAGCAGGUUGAAGAGCGUUGGAAAAUCUGACAGACUCAGUUUUUGAUGCAGCAGUUUGGCUUCUGUUAUCUUUUAGUUUUCCUUUGGCACUGAACUCUUUGAUUUGAUAGUCUCAUUCAUCUCCUCAUCGUUUCACGCAGGAGUUUUGUCAUUACGCUUCUGAAACUGCCUUAGGCCAAGCCACUUUCCCCAAGAGAUGUUUGUUCUGGUCACAGUGUGCUCUGAGGAAUUUCCAGAUGUUUGAAUUUUUUGUUUGGUUUCAGACUUUGCUUCAGCGUUCUUUGAUAGCAGUAAGGUUUUGUAAGAACGGCAGUUCUUUUUUCCAUCCUGAUUCAAGAUGGGUAUUAAUGAAGUUUCUCUACUUCGGAACUCUGCUACUUAUUUGCCAGUGAAGUUUCCCAUUGACCCAAGUGGCCCUCCAGCAUGCACAGGACUGGCCUCUAUUUUUUCUCAUAGGCAAUGAAAUGAACUGUGUGUGUCUCCUGGGGUCACUGGGCUUUGCUGAGCGUUGUGAGGCACGGUGCUGCCUGUGUUGCUCCUUUCUCAGCAUUUUGGUGUCAGCCUUCCAGUUGCUGUGGAAGCCAGAGGGAUGGCUUGUCCUUCCUCUCCUCACUUUCUGCUGAGGUUCUCUCAUUACACGUUUUUAGACUCUGUGUAAUUUGCAUGCACAAAUAAUAACCAAUGUCCUAAUCCACGCGUUUUCCUUCGUUCUUUAGGAGAGGGCUGGUCUUCAGUAAAUGUGUUAGGUGUGGCUCUUAAGUCUGCAGUGCUUCUCACAAGAGUUUAUUUGCUUCCAUAAUUAUGUCUGUUAGUUUUAAUAAGGUCUAUUAUCGCUUGUCUAAGACAGGUUUGACAGUAGCCUUUGAGUUGGCUUCAGUUGUCUGUAUUUUGACAUCCAGUGCAGUUGGAGGUGGAAGUUAUCUUGUCUAAUCCUCAGCCAUCGCCCAGCUAACCCUAGGAUAGAGCCUGCUUGUUGAUUGCCUUGAUGUACUGAUUAGCGGUGUAGUGCUUCUGUUUAAACACAUGCAGUAGUGCCAUUUUGUUGCCUUUUCACGUUGACGUUUAUCUGAACCAUCUGCCACGUAAAAUGUCAGAUGUGACAUUGGUCUUUAGAGGGGACUUCUGCUUUUUUGAAGGUAUCCAUAUGUGAUGUUUUAGGACGUCUCAAAUGGUGCUUUUAAACCAUGGAUGGGCUACUGAUUUUCACACUUUAUUUCCUUUCACUCCAUUGGGGCACUUUGCUUAUGUUUGGAAACCUAAAUUACAGCUGUCUUUAUUCCUCACCUGAAUCCUUUAUAUCUUGCUGUACGGCUUUGUCAUGAGGUGUAGUUUACUGUUGUGGUGUGAGAUGCACCACACAUGUGGAUGGCCUUGCAGAUAACACUACUUCAGCUGUAGUGGCUUAAGCAAUUUACUAGCUCAAAAACAUUUGCUUGUUACAUUUGUUUGCGUUCUGCUGUAUAAUGUGUAUUUCAAGUUGUAUGUAUCUUAUCUCAGCUGCAGGGUAAGACAUUUCUGUUCUAGUUGUCUUGCUAACGCAUGAUAAUUAAUAGCAAUAAAAGUCCUCACCUUUGACCAUUUUGUUUACUGAGAAUGUCUUAGAUUUUAGCCUUUCGAUUCCAUACUUAGUUACCUUAUUGGCCUAUUUUGUUUUUGUUUGGAAAUGUUCCUGUCUUUUCAAAAUUAGCAACUCUGGAAAGAGUUGUUAGAAAAGGAUUAAAUCAGUGACAGAUUUAAGAUAUUUAUUAACAAGUAACAGUGGUCUAGGCAUUGGUUCGUGCUUUAUGUAGCAUCUAGGAUCAACACAGCACUGGAGAUUCGGAAACCAAUAUGGUUUCAUUGUGAAAGAAAUAAAAGUGCAAGAUGAAACAGAUUCUAGCACAGUUUUCUCAGUCCUUGCUCUUGGUUUUCAUGUUCUUGGUCGCAAUUAAAGAAAGGUGGUUAAGCUGACUGGUGUUUGAAGAAGUGGCUGAAAUUAUGAGUGCAGAUUUUUCAUCUGUUGAAUUUCCUUUCUCUUUUUAUUCUUCCCCAAAAUACUUUUCUGCUUCUCUGGUUUUCAGCCAGCAGUGGAACGCUCUUCAGAAAACCUCACUGAUCAUAUAUAGAAGUUUGCAAAAGAUAUUCCUCUGCAGAUAAUAUCCCGACAGAAAUAACUUCUGUAUUUUCUGAAAGUGUGAUAGGAUUUCAUGUUCUGACCUGGCGAAAGCCCAGAGAAAUCUACAGCUGCUCAUUCUGCCCGCGUCUGCCCGGCCUUCCAGAAUUGUGUGUGCCCCCUUCUGCCGCCCUCAGGAAGCCAAGGAAGCCACUUUUGAGCAAGUGCAGCAUUUAGUUGUUCCUCUGAGGUGCGGCUUAAUGCUGAGCAAGCAGUGAUAAACAAUGGCACAAGUUAAGAUGCAGACGACAGCAAACCUGUCCGUCCCUCCCAUGUCCCCCAUGGUGCUACCCCUGCCAGUUACAGCCGCAAACACGCUGGGCCUGCCUUCCGCCAUGAACGGAUCCAUUCCGGAGUCGGCUGCCAGCUGCAGCAGCCCCACUGCUGGCCUUGCAGACCCCGCACCAUCCAGCAACCCACCAGCUCCUCUCCAAGAUAACAUGGCAAACCCCAAAGAGAAAACUCCAAUGUGUCUGGUAAAUGAGUUAGCCCGUUUCAAUAGAAUUCAACCCCAGUAUAAGCUUCUGAAUGAAAGAGGGCCUGCUCAUGCCAAGAUGUUCACAGUGCAGCUGACACUUGGAGAACAGACAUGGGAAGCUGAAGGAAGCAGUAUUAAAAAGGCCCAGCAUGCUGCUGCUAGCAAAGCUUUGAAUGAAACUACCCUUCCCAAACCAACUCCUAGACCGCCCAAAAAUAACAUUAACAAUAAUCCAGGCAGUAUAACUCCGACAGUGGAGCUGAACGGUCUGGCUAUGAAAAGAGGAGAGCCCGCCAUCUACAGGCCAUUAGAUCCAAAGCCAAUCCCCAAUUAUAGAGCAAAUUAUAAUUUCCGGGGCAUGUACAAUCAGAGGUAUCACUGCCCAGUGCCUAAAAUUUUCUAUGUCCAGUUAACUGUUGGCAACAGUGAGUUUUUUGGUGAAGGAAAGACUCGCCAAGCUGCUAGACAUAAUGCUGCAAUGAAGGCCCUACAAGCUCUCCAGAAUGAGCCUAUUCCAGAAAAAUUACCUCAGAAUGGGGAAGCAGGAAAAGAAACAGAAGAAGAUAAAGAUGCAAACAAGUCUGAGAUCAGCGUUGUGUUUGAAAUUGCUUUGAAGCGCAAUAUACCCGUCAGUUUCGAGGUGAUAAAAGAAAGUGGACCUCCUCACAUGAAGAGCUUUGUCACACGAGUUACGGUAGGAGAAUUCACUGCAGAAGGAGAAGGGAACAGUAAGAAGCUCUCAAAGAAACGUGCUGCAAUGUCUGUCCUACAAGAGCUGAAGAAGCUUCCUCCUCUUCCUGUGAUUGAAAAGCCAAAACUGUACUUCAAAAAACGUCCAAAAACAAUAUUGAAGACUGGACCUGAAUAUGGUCAAGGAAUGAAUCCUAUCAGUCGUCUGGCUCAGAUCCAGCAGGCCAAAAAGGAGAAGGAGCCGGAGUAUGUUCUUCUUUCAGAGAGAGGGAUGCCUCGCCGUCGAGAGUUUGUUAUGCAGGUAAAAAUAGGUAAUGAGAUUACUACUGGAACAGGCCCAAACAAGAAAAUAGCUAAAAGAAAUGCAGCAGAAGCAAUGUUGCUACAGCUGGGUUACAAAGCCUCUACUCCUCUUCAAGACCAGACAGAAAAGCUUGGAGAAAACAAGAGUUGGAACGGACAGAAUGUUGGGUUUCCUGAGCCAACAAGUAGCACACCAAAGGGAAUACUCCAUCUCUCUCCUGAUGUUUAUCAAGAGAUGGAAGCAAGCCGCAACAAAUCAGCCCCUGGUACCACUGUAAGCUAUUUGUCACCCAAAGAAAUGAGCCAGACUUCUAGCUCUUUCUUCAGCAUAUCUCCUACAACAAAUAGCACAGCUACAAUUGCCAGGGAACUUCUCAUGAAUGGAACAUCCCCGACUGCCGAAGCCAUAGGUCUAAAAGGAAUAUCUCCUGCUUCCCCCUGUUCUGCAGUGCAGCCUUCAAAACAGCUGGAGUAUUUGGCAAGGAUUCAAGGCUUUCAGGUACACUACAGUGAUAGACAAAAUGGCAAAGAGUGUAUGACCUGUUUGACACUGUCUCCUGUGCAGAUGACUUUCCAAGGUAUCGGAAGCUCCAUUGAAGCCAGCCAUGACCAGGCAGCAUUAAGUGCCUUGAAACAGUUUUCAGAACAAGGACUGGAUCCAGUGGAAGGGGCUAUGAAAGUUGAAAAUGGAUCACUUGAAAAACAAGUCAAGCAUCUGGGAGAGAAAGCAGACAAUAAACAGACUAACUCAGGCACCAUUGCUCAGGACUGCAAGGAUUCAAAGGCUGUCGUCUAGGAGCUUCCCAGCACCCACGGCUGCCACUGCAUCCUUAUAAACCUGUCAACACGCAAUAGGGUGUAUGUGUACAAGGAAAUGAAUGACUAAUACCAUUAUUUGAGUCUUAUGUGAAGACAACACUAUUCUAACACAAGAGAUAGUAUACAUGGUACUGUUUAUUCAACUGUGGAAAAAAACAAAAUUGAACAUUUCCCUUAGAACUCGAGAUCAGAGCAUAACCCAAUUGCCCAGAGGCAGAAGAAAUCUGAUCAUGUUACUGGAGGUUAAAACAACAACUAAUUAACAGAAGUGUUAGAAAAAGAAAAAAAAAAAAGAAAAAAAAAGUAAACAUUAAAAUUGAUUAAUACUGAGGAAAACCAGUCAGCAUUGUUUCAGUUAUACAAUUUUUCGUAGUGUAGUUUUAAGUUCAGCUUACUGUUUUUUAAAUAAUGCUUGAAUAUUUUAAAAUUAACCAAUGACAGUGCUGUGAGAAUUGUAGUUGUUGUCUUCAUAUAUAGUCAUACAGCUUAUCUUUUUAUGCAGACAUUAUGCAUUCUUCAUUCUAUAUGAAUAUGUAUGACUUUAAGAUGCACUACUCAGAGUUGUAUGCAAACAGAAGUUUAAAUCAUGACAAGUAUUUGCUUAACAUGAACAGAUGUUAGUUAUGGUCAGUCUCAAUAUACUCCAGGAAAAAGCAAAUAUGGUAUUUGAUUUUCCUUGCCAUUAUCAAUUAAAGAGGCGUCUUGCCUCCAGGCGACAUGUUCCCCUUCGGUUCUGCUCUCUGUUGUGUGAAGCACAUCUACACCCCAUCUGUGUGUUGUAUCAGCCCACCGUUUGCAUCAACUGAGUGUUUUUAAUCUCUGCAUUCUGACCAACAGCAAAAGGUAGGAUUGCAACCUUAUCAAGCCAAGGUAGGAAAACCGUUGAUGUGGAGAUCAUUCUUUCGUGAAAGGAGCAGCAGCAGAGAAAAGACCUGUGGCUGCGCUCUGUACCAGCAUAUUCCAUUUCAGUGUGUGGCCAAAUGCAGUAAAACCACAUCAGUUCAUGUGCACAA